CCACUGCUCCCACAUAUAUACCUCUCGAUCCCUCGUGAUGGGCUCGUCUCCCGUUGUAUCGGUCGAUAGCCAGCGAUGGCCAAGCACGGCGGCGGCAAACACAGGAAGCCGGAGAAUCUCGGCAACGGGAGGAUCACCCCCGUCCAGAUCGCCUUUAUAGUCGACCGAUACCUCGCCGACCACCACUUCACUGCCACCCUCGCCGCAUUCCGUUCCGAAACCUCCGAUCUCUUCUCCAAAACCAAGGUCAAAGAGGUGCCGAAGGGGUUGAUGGGACUGGACGAGAUGCUGGACGAGUACAUCAGCCUCAAGGAGUAGCGGGUGGUGUUGGAUGAGGAUAGGCGGAGGGUGGAGAUGGCUUUGCAGGGGAUGCAGGAGGUGCUGCGGUUGUACCACUCCACUGGGACCGCACAUCUCCCCCCGCAACCUCUCCUCCCUUCCCAGUUCGUGGCCGUCCCCUUGACCCCGAUCCUUCCCGCAUUGUACUCCGGCACCAGCGGAUCCCCUGCAGUAAAUAGAACACCAGUCGUGAAGUAUGCACAACCAUCCAUCAAGCUUGCUCACAAAUUAGAAGCUAACAACUCAUCACCGAUGCCUAGUUCUUCGAAUGGCAGCAAGAGAAAGGCCUUGAAGACGUCUUCUUCGAAUGGCAGCAAGAGAAAGGCCUUGAAGUUGUCUACAAACUUUCCUUUAGACCCGAAGAAACAGUGUACUCAAUCACCUGCUGCAUCAUCUGCAACUGGAGAUGUUGCAUUGUCCUCUCAAGAAACAGUGGCCAUGAGAACUUUUAAAAAGGUUGAUAUUUCAGCUUCCAAGUCAACACCAACUAAUUUUCCGACAAAUAAGCCUCCCGUUCGAGGUUUGCCUGUGGGAAAAGUCUUGUUCAGUCAACCAUCUGAUUGCCAGGUCGAUUCCUCCCCCAGAACACCUCCACAAGCACUCCAAUCUCAAGCUCAUGAAUCAGAUUCCCCAUCGGACAAUACACCUUUAGCGAUCACUGAUGGUGGCAACUCCAAGCAGCAAAUUGUUCCAUUCAAUUGCUCCACAUUUGCUUCUGAAACUCUCAUAGUCAGCCCUAUAAAACAUGCAGGGUGUUGUGCUGUUGAGAGAAGCUACCAUAUUUCUGCACCCUACAAUCUAAAUUCAAAGAGCAAAAGGGGGCAUAUAAAAGGGAAAUUAGACUUUGAUAACCCUGACAUCGAGACAAGUUCAGAAGAACCAGUUGCUGUUGACAGUUUGACACCUUCAACCGAAGGGGAAAUGUCUGGGAACUUUGAACUUGAUCUUCCGGAUUUAGACAUCUUGACUGGUGAUUUCUCCUUUUCGGAACUUUUAGCUGAUAUCAAUCUUGACUGUGAUGGACAGCAUUCAUUUGCUCAUUCAGUUCUAAGCCACGAGGAUGAUGCUGGAAAUGGAUGUUCAAAGUCAGAUCAAUUUGAUUGCUCUUCCGCGACACCAAUCGAAGUGGUCUCUAACAAUGAUGCGAACAUUCAAGGUUAUUAAACUCAUUCUUCAUUUGAAAUGCUCACAUACUUAAAUCUCACCUGCCAUUCAUUGCAUUCCAUGAAACCAGAUCCAGAUUGUGUAACCUCUGUGAAAACUGUAACUACUUUUGCCAAAAUUGCAAAGUCCUCUGCUUCUCUU